GUGAUAAAAAAGCAACUACAACCAGUGAUCCUGGACAAGAUUCAAAAUUUCUGAGAUUAGAAUGGCAACUCAUGGUAAAAAGAGGACAUUAACAAUAGCAAUUUUGUAAAUUGACUUGUUUGUCGAAAGUUUGCACGCUUAUUGCUACAUCCUUGUUGGAAUUUUCAGACCCAAGUAUUUCUGGCAGAAGUGUUAGUGAAUGAAGAAUGGCUUCCUUGUUUAGGCCAAGGGGCAGGUCACAGCUUUCAUACUGCAUAUCAUUUCUUCGACAUUACGCGCAAACUAAAAUUAGGAAACCGAGUUUACCAAAACUUGUCAAGCUGGAUGACAGGAGAGUUAUUCGAAUCAAAGGUCAAGACAGUGCUAAAUUUUUGCAAGGAAUGAUAACAAACGAUCUAGCACAACUGGAAAAUGAAGACAGUAAUAUUAUGUUUUCUAUGUUCCUGAAUUCUCAAGGAAGGGUGCUUUAUGAUGCCCUUCUUUACUCUGUUCCUAAUGAAAAUAGCGAAUAUUUUUUGGAAGUUGGCAGUGCGGCUGUUGAAGGCAUUGUUAAGGUUUUGAAGAUGUAUAAAUUGCGUGCGAAAGUAGAAUUCGUUGAUGCCAGCAGUGAAGUUGAUGUUUGGGCAAUGUUCUCUGAAAGUGGUUUGAUUGAAACAGACAUUCAAAGUGACCAAAAGAUUGUUGCUUACAAAGAUCCAAGGCUUGAUGCGUUGGGGAUAAGGAUGCUUGUACCCUGGAAUCAGUCACCUGUUGACUUGUUAAAUAUUGGACCACAUAUUUCAGUUGGCCCAGCUGUCUAUGAUGAGCAUCGUUAUAAGCUGGGUGUAGCAGAGGGUAUUGAUGAAAUUCCACAAGGCAAUGCACUUCCAUUAGAAUAUAAUCUUGCCUGGAUCAACGGAGUGAAUUUUUCAAAAGGCUGCUACAUUGGCCAAGAGCUGACAGCAAGGACACAACAUGUUGGCCAAAUACGCAAAAGAAUAAUGCCCAUACAGUUGUUACCUCAGGAGAAGAUUAAGGAAUACCCACAGCUGGCUCCCCAAACUCCAGUUAAAACAGAUACAGGAAAAGGGGCUGGCAAAAUUUGUGUAAUGACUGGACAGUAUGGACUGGGGCUUUUAAGAAUAAAGGAAGUAUCCGAAUCAAAAAGCUUAGUAGUUUCUGAUUUGAAUGGCAAUGAAGUUUAUCUUACUGCCUCAGCACCUUAUUGGUGGCCAAGCCAAAGAUAAUCACCAAUUUGUAAACUUGUAAAUUUUUGUAGUCAAUGCUAAUUUUUGUCUUUUCUUAAUUUAUCUGUUUAAAAUGUGAGAAUGAAUUUUAUGAAUGUUUUU